AGACUCCGCGUGCUGUUUGCCCACUCUGGCCUCUUGGCUUGGAGACAAGGAGAAUAUCUGCCACUGUCCGCUUUCCCUUGGUGGUCCGCUCACAACUAGUCCCACUGGAGAUGGCAGACGACCUUGGAGACGAGUGGUGGGAGAACCAGCCUGCAGGAGCAGCCAGCAGCCCAGGUAAGUCAUCUGAUUGGAGUGUCAAUUCAUUUCAUGGAAUUUUCCAUUUGUUAUCAAAUGGAAGCAAAAUACACAAUUUUAGAAGUACAAAACCAAGAUUCUGUGGCACAGAGAUAGUACCAGGGGUUGUAGUCCAUAAUGAUAGAAGAUUGAAGCCUCCAAGACAUUGUCACAUUUCAAGUUAUUUGGGCCUCUCCUGUGUGCCAGAAGCAUCAGGUGGUGAAGGAGGAGGAGACCCAGAAAUGCAGCAGGAGACAGCUCCAGUACCAGCCCUGUCAAAGAAGACCAAACAGCCUAAAGAAUGUUUCUUGAUACAACCAAAGGAAACAAAAGAAGAUGCCACCAAGACAAGGAAGAGAAGAAAGAAGAAAAUUACAGAUGUUCUUGCAAAAUCAGAGCCAAAACCAGGUGCCCCUGAAGACCUACAGAAACUGAUGAAGGACUAUUACAGCAGCAGUCGUUCAGUGAUUGAAUUAGAAGAACUAAACCUACCAGACUCCUGUUUCCUCAAGGCCAAUGAUUUGACUCAUAGUCUCUCAUCAUACCUAAAAGAAAUCUGCCCUAAGUGGGUAAAACUUCGGAAAAACCAUAAUGAGAAGAAAUCAGUCCUGAUGUUGAUCAUCUGCAGCUCUGCUGUCCGGGCCUUGGAGCUCAUUAGGUCAAUGACAGCAUUUAGAGGGGACAGCAAAGUUAUGAAAUUAUUUGCAAAACACAUUAAGGUCCAAGAGCAGGUAAAGUUGCUGGAGAAGCGUGUGGUGCACCUGGGCGUAGGAACACCAGGGAGAAUUAAAGAACUCGUUAAACAAGGUGGCCUUAAUUUGAACCCCUUAAAGUUUCUCGUUUUUGACUGGAACUGGAGAGAUCAGAAGUUGAGGAGGAUGAUGGACAUUCCCGAGAUAAGAAAGGAGGUUUUUGAACUUCUGGAAAUGGGAGUCCUCAGUCUAUGCAAGUCUGAAUCUUUGAAGCUCGGCCUUUUCUAAGUCUGGGUCCUAAUAAAAAUUCCAGUUUUUAUGAUGGGAUUUGCAUCUCAUUUAAUAGCUCUGGAAUAUUGCAAGGACUCAGUAAAUAUCAGCUAUUGUUUUAUUAUGUUAACUGGAUCACCCCAUGAAUCACUAGAAAUUUUUGGUGGAGAUUCUUUGACAGAAAUGAAGCUGUCCUUUGCCAACUUCUCUGUAUAAUAAAGUAUCACCAGCUUGUGUAUGA